CCGAGUCGGGGGAGGGGAGGGAAAGCGGGGACGGAGCAGCGGCGUCGGGAAAGACGUUCGGCUUCCGGGCGCUGCGGCCCGGCCGGGUGUCGGACUCUUGUCAGUGCCACGGUGUCGCUAGCUGCUGCUGCUGUGGGGAAGAAGAGAGCGAGCGACGCAGCAGAGGAGUCUUCCAGCCCGAUCUGCUUCGGUAGCCGAUUUGAUCCGAUCCCCGCGGCCAGGCCCACCGUAUGCAGCCCUCACCCUGGAGCGGCGGCGGCGGCGGAUCGAGGAGCUCUCGCGAUCCUCCCGGCAGCGGCUGCUUCAGUCUAAGGACAGGAUGUUCUCCAAGUUCACCUCCAUUCUGCAGCACGCCGUGGAGGCGCUUGCACCAUCCCUUCCACUGCAAGAAGAUUUUGUUUACCACUGGAAGGCUAUUACCCAUUACUACAUAGAAACUUCUGAUGACAAAGCACCUGUGACUGAUACGAACAUUCCAUCUCACUUGGAACAGAUGUUGGAUAUUUUAAUUCAGGAAGAAAAUGAGAGGGAGUCUGGGGAAACAGGACCAUGCAUGGAAUAUUUGCUACAUCACAAGAUUUUGGAGACGUUAUAUACCCUGGGAAAGGCUGACUGUCCUCCAGGCAUGAAGCAACAGGUUCUGUCUUUUUAUACAAAACUUCUGGGAAGAAUACAGCAGCCUCUUCUUCCACAUAUAAAUGUGCACAGACCUGUGCAGAAAUUAAUCAGACUUUGCGGUGAAGUCUUAGCUGCACCUACAGAAAAUGAAGAAAUACAGUUUCUCUGCAUAGUUUGCGCAAGGCUGAAACAGGAUCCAUACUUGGUUAAUUUUUUCCUUGAGGUGGUUCAAGAUCCACUCUUACAUACUUCCAGGAGGCAGAACAAGCUGAAAGCAGUGGCCUCAAAAAGCAAAGCCUGCUUAAUCACAGAAGACAUGCAAAAAGAACAGGAUUUGGGGAUGUCUGAUAAAGGACAAUCUGUUCAGCUUGAAGAAACACCAAGAGUGGAACUUGCAGAGAGAGAAAAUGACCUUCCUCAGCUGGCAGAUGACUUGUCCACAAGUCUGGAUGAAUUAAAUGUUCCUUCAUCCCCUGAGGCUUUGGCUGUUCAUUCACAUGGAGACUAUAAUUUGGUGAAUUCUCUGCUCAAUCUCACCAAAAGCCCAGAUGGCCGAAUAGCUGUGAAAGCUUGUGAAGGCCUCAUGCUUCUAGUAAGUUUGCCUGAGCCAGCUGCUGCCAAAUGCUUAACACAAAGUACGUGCUUAUGUGAACUGCUGACGGACAGGCUGGCCUCCCUGUACAAAGCCCUCCCUCAGUCAAUGGAUCCCUUAGAUAUUGAAACAGUGGAAGGAGUUAACUGGGGCUUGGAUUCAUACAGCCACAAAGAAGAUGCAUCUGCUUUUCCAGGGAAAAGAGCCUUGAUUUCAUUUCUCUCCUGGUUUGAUUACUGUGAUCAACUCAUCAAGGAAGCUCAGAAGACCACAGCCAUUGCCAUGGCAAGCUCAAUACGAGACCGUUUUUUUGUUGGCAUCAUGGAACCCCAGUUAAUGCAAACUUCAGAGAUUGGGAUUCUCACAUCAACUGCACUGUUACAUCGUAUUGUUCGUCAAGUCACUUCAGAUGUCUUAGUGCAUGAAAUGGUUUGCUUCAUCCUUGGAGAACAGAGAGAGCCAGAAACACUGAUGGACAUCAACAGGCAUCCAUUGCGACAUCGUUUAAUUGAACAUUGCGAUCACAUUUCAGAUGAGAUCAGCAUAAUGACACUCAGAAUGUUUGAGCACCUUUUACAAAAGCCUGAUGAGCACAUUCUUUAUAACUUGGUUCUUAGAAAUUUAGAGGAAAGAAACUACACGGAAUAUAAACCACCCUGCCAAGAAGAUAAAGAUGUGGUGGAGAAUGGCCAGAUAGCAGGAGCUGUAGAUCUGGAAGAAGAUCCAUUAUUUACUGAUCUUUCUCCUGAUACUAUGCUGUCAAACCAAGAGUGGCUUAGUGCUUCUCCACCUGCCAGUCCAGAACAUCUGAAAAUGGAUGGGAAGACAGAAGUUCAUAAAAUUGUAAAUAGUUUUCUCUGCCUAGUACCAGAUGAAGCCAAAUCUUCUUAUCAUGUGGAGGGCACAGGUUAUGAUACCUACCUCAGAGAUGCUCAUCGACAAUUCCGGGACUAUUGCGCCAUAUGCUUACGAUGGGAAUGGCCAGGCUCUCCUAAACCUCUGGAAAAGUGCAAUUUAGAAGCUUCAUUCUUUGAAGGACAUUUCCUGAAAGUUUUGUUUGAUAGAAUGGGCAGAAUUCUUGAUCAGCCAUAUGAUGUCAAUUUGCAAGUCACAUCUGUAUUGUCCAAGCUCUCCUUGUUUCCCCAUCCGCACAUCCAUGAAUAUCUUUUGGAUCCCUAUGUAAAUCUAGCUUCAGGGUGCCGGUCUCUUUUUUCAGUGAUUGUCAGGGUUGUUGGGGAUCUCAUGGUAAGGAUCCAGCGCAUACCUGAUUUCACACCUAAACUUCUGCUGGUCAGGAAGCGUCUCCUUGGCUUAGAACCUGAAGGGCCUAUUGUUGAUCACAUGACAUUACUAGAAGGUGUCAUUGUGCUUGAAGAGUUUUGUAAAGAGCUGGCUGCAAUUGCAUUUGUGAAAUACCAUGCUUCGUCAACACCAUAACUAUCUAUUGCAAGUGUCCAACUAGGAGAUCUUCUUGUAUUUCAAUCAGAAAAGACUGAUAACUACCCCCAAGCAAGAAAACACAAAGUAUUGGCAUAUGUUUAGAAACUUUGUAUGGUGCACAUUCAAAUUAUACUGCUGGUUUCUUAAUUCAUUGGCAUGCCCACAUGGGGAUAAAAACUGGACAUGUUGCCCCACAAUACAAUCAAAAAGAUGUAUUGGUGGAAUAGAAUGCUUUCGAUGAAGACACAUCAGGACUUCAGUUAAAGAGUACUCUUAUUUUGAUGUACCAGGAGUUUUUAUAUACUUCAGAGUUCAUAGGCUUUUUUAAAAAAUUGCCUGAUAGCUGAUGUGUUUUUAAUCCAGUUAAAUCCUUCAAAAGUAUUUAAAGCAAAGCAGAAAAGAAAUGGAGACUGCAAGCACACAGCUAUGAUAGCUUUUUUUUCAUUUUAUAUUGUCUCAAUCCUUUAUCCACUGUGGUGUUUCACUUUUUUACUGAUGUAUCAUUACAUUGGAGUAACAGGUGACCACAAUUAUAUUUAAGUGUUGGUUUUCCUUUAAACAUUAUUUGUUCUACUUUAUUACGCUGCAUAACUUAAUUUGCCUUCUGUUUUGUAUUGGAACCCUAGCCUGUAUUAUCAAAAGCUCUGUUUACAUGAAUGCUAGUAAUAUACCUAUACUUGACAAGGUUUUUUUUUAAAGUUCUUCUAAGAUUAAUUGGCUGACAAAUAUUUGUGCCUUGAUGACUGGCAGUAUCAAUGUCUUGUGGUUUUAAAAAUACGUUAUUGCUUAUCUAAUAUGAAUGGUUGUAGCAUCUGGGCCAAGCAAUGUCUGACAUUGUAUAUGAAGCCAAAUUCUUUAUAAGUUGUUGCAUGCUUUGGGUUCUGAAUUUGUGAUACUACUCAUCACUAUCAGCUGCUAACUUCAAGCCAGUAUACUGUCUUCCCUGAGAUGGAAUGAGAAACAUAGGAAUAGAAGCCACGUGUGAAGUGGUUGGAUAGGACUACUUUAGGCAGAACAGCACAGUCAUGAUUGACUGACUGUCCUGUUUUAGUUCAUAGAGCUGCCUGAGUGACCAUAGUUUGCAUUUCAGCUAGCUAUUUCACACUAUGGGUAAGGAGGUGAGGAAGACUAGAUAUGUUCUUUAGUCUGUAUACUAGUUCUGAAGUCUUAGUGGUCUCUGUAGAAACAGGAGGGGCAACCAUAGUUACUUAGACAAGAGAGCACAUGCCUCUGUAUACCACUUUGCUCCUACUGACAAAUGCCAUAGGAGCAACAAAGCAGAAUUUAAUUGUUAAAUUAUUGUUCUACCUACCCAAUUCCUAGGUAUUUUGAUAAAGUUUUUAGAAAAAUUCUUCAUAAAUUGUUACUUCAUAUUUGCUGACCACUUAAAAUUUUAUUGGGAUUAGUUUAAAUGGAAUUGAUGUUGUCCUGAGCUCUUCCAUGCCUGUAACAAAACUGAAAACAAAGCUCUGAAUGAUUACCACCCACUGCUGUACUCUAAUGCUAAAGAAACUAGCUAUUGAAGAGCAUGAAAAGAAAGUGUUGAAAAGUAGCAUAAUUUGGACUAAAGUUAAUUAUAGGCCCUUUCCCUUACAGCAAUAAACCCUAGUGGGCCAAAAUGGGGGACAUACACUCAAGCAGAGUUAAAAGCUGUAUAUGAAAAUAAAAGGUGAUUCUUAUUAAAGGAGAAGCACAACCAAGAAGCAGCCUUGCUGAACAGAUUCUCUGUUAGUGCUUCUCUCCUCAACAAGAUAGUAGGCAUCCUAAUCAGCUGUACAGUAGAACAUCUUUGGUUACCAAAGCCACAGAAUUUGACUCACAAUUUCAGCUGGAAAAAGUAAAAUAUAAAGAAGGGAAUGACACCAUUAUACCAAGAUACUUUUAAAAACUGUCCAAGUAGCACAGGCUGUUUAAUCAGAUACAACUGUGACUAAUACACACAUGUUAAUCUAAGUCUCUUCAGUAAAAUAGUACUUUAGCAGAUACCGUACCUAAAAAUCAAGCAUAUAUUUAAGUUCUGGUCAAAGUUCCUGAGGUACAUUCUACAGGAUAAAUGUUUGAGCUCUAUAUUCAUUGUUUGUGGUAGAUUUUAGGCUGAAAUCUGUAAACAGUAGGAAAAUUACACUGAAAUUGAUUAGAGUAACCCAUACAGUUUGCCUGAUGUAAGUGGGCAGUAGCCUUAAUUUUUCAAGUGGUACCAUUUUCAUUCUCUUAAGUAAAAGUUAAUGUUUAGCAUUGCCCCAAGUAAAAGUUAAUGUUUAGCUUUGCCCCAUGCCCUUAUGGUAAAUGUAAACUGAAAAUAAUUUCAACUAUUCAGAAGUAUACAGAGAUUGUUGCUUAAACAAACUAUAUUAUUAUUAUAGCCUUCUAAUCCAUUGCUCAGUUAUAUAACUAUAUCGACAAUGUUAGAUAAAAAUUUUCAAAUUUUUUCUUGUUCAGGCAGAGUAACUGUAAUGUGAAAUUCACCUUGCUUUUAUCUGUGCCUGUUUUCACAGACUUUGCAUAUUAACAGAAGGGGGAAAUUCACUUUCCUAUGCUUGUGCUCACAAUAUAUUCAGUUUGUCAGUAAACCCCCGUGGUGUCUUUUCAAGACACCAGCAAUUUCCCAUAACUUUUAAAGAAGGGAAUCUGUUUGUCACUGUGUUUGUCACACUCUCUUGGUGUGAGAGUUGUUUUUAUGAUCCUGUAAAUCGGGGGUGGCCAAUGGCAGUUCUCCAGAUAUUUUUUGCCUACAACUCGCAUCAGCCAGCAUGGCCAGUGGCUGGAGCUGAUGGGAGUUGUAGGCAAAAAAAGCAUAUGGAGAGCUACCUUUGGCCACCCCUGCUGUAAAUUAUAGCUACAACCUUUUAAUUUUGAAAAAAAAUGUUUGAAUUCUCCUACCAGAAUGAAACUAGUUGAACUUUUAUAUCUUUCUUUUCCCAUGCACUUUUAUUUUAAAGGCUAGCCAAGUCUUUGUUUGCUAUGCAUGUUGUAACCACCCUCAUUCUGGCUUGUGUGUGUGUUUCUGUGUAUGUGUAGAGGCAUGUGUGGUUAUUUAUUACUGAACAAUAACACUGGAGAACAUGCGAGCACCUCUCCAGAAAUACUGAGCAACCACCACUUGUCAAGGAGUUAAUGGUAACUACUGGCUACUCAGUACUAUAAAAUAUACAACUAAUAGUGUUUAUAUAUGUGAAUGGAUGGGAAAAGCUGGAAUUGUUUGAUUUCCAGAACACUGAUCCAGUUUUUAUUUUUACCCUGAUGCACACUUGUGUAAAUAAAGACACUUUUUCAUCUUCCCACCAACUGUUGUAUGUAUUUGAUAUAGAUCCUGUUGUUGGAAACUUUAUAAUAAUAAGAAACAUGCCAUGUCUCCUUUCCGUUUUUCUUAUGAUUAUUGUAACCUACCUACCACUGAAGAACAUGCAAGCACCUCUCCAGAAAUACUGAGCAACCACCACUCUAUGUAGCAGUCUGAUAUUAUAGUAUUUAUUGGUGCAAUAUGGAAGCUGUGAUACAAGACACGGCUUCAGCCUGGUUGUACAUCACCUGUUUACAUAUGUAUAUUUGUAUACUAACGGACUGAAAUCCUGCUUGCAACAUUACCAGUGCAAAGAUUGUAACACUUUCCUACAGGAUGCAGUAAUCAUGGUGUUCCUUUGUAAAUGAAUAACAGCAGCUUACCAUGAACUAUUGAAUGCAGCAGAUGUUUCUAUUGUGAAAUAACUCCGCAUUUCACCUGGCAAGAGUAAAUGCAAAGUACAACAUGAAAGAUACAGAGUCGCUGUUACUCUCUACUGAAUGAAAAAUUCAGAUCUGCACCUUUCAAUAGACAUACCUGUACAACCAUGAUUAAUAAUCCUUGUGCCCUGUUACAUAGUGCUACAAAGUAUUUCUUAUAUAUAUUCUUGUUUCUUUUCCUCUUGUGUUGUUUAUAUUAAACAGAAUAUGUUAGUAAA